GGCUAUCGUGUCCAUGGCGGGUGCACCGGACUGCGCGGCGGCCGGGCCUUUUUUUCUCUGGUCCAGACCACCCGGAUGGGGCUCUCCGGGCCCCGCCCCGUCUGGCCUAGCCCGGCCUGCCCGAGUCCCGCAAGCUCUGCAGGCAGGCUAGCGGGACGACCCCAGCCCCACGUCCUGCCACCCGCCAGCGAAGGAUCCGGGGAUGGGCAAGGCCACCCGGCUCGCUCCGGAGUCAGCAUUGGAGACCUAAAGGUCAGUGAAGGCUGAUGCUCAGUGGGCGAGAGGUCAUCAAGGUCAUUUCUGCUCCUCGAGGAGCCUGGCCUCAGUCAGCCUGCGGACUGUUGGGGUGAAGCAGGAGAUGGCGUGGUCAGCGGCCCUCUUGGAAGAACUGUAGGAGAAGCCGUCAUGAAGACCUUCCCUGAGGGCUGCCCCACCUUGCUGAGGACAGAGGGAGAGAUGGCCCUCAUCCAUUCCUCCAGCUUUCCCUUUGCCCCAGAGCUCUUGGGAGCUGAGUAGGACAUCUUGGGGUCUCAACGAGGCCGGGUGACGCUCCAGAAUGGGAGACAAGCCAAUUUGGGAGCAGAUUGGAUCCAGCUUCAUUCAACAUUACUACCAGUUAUUUGAUAACGACAGAACCCAACUAGGCGCAAUUUAUAUUGACGCAUCAUGCCUUACGUGGGAAGGACAGCAGUUCCAGGGGAAAGCUGCCAUUGUGGAGAAGUUGUCUAGCCUUCCGUUCCAGAAAAUCCAGCACAGCAUCACGGCACAGGACCAUCAGCCCACGCCAGAUAGCUGCAUCAUCAGCAUGGUUGUGGGCCAGCUCAAGGCUGAUGAAGACCCCAUCAUGGGGUUCCACCAGAUGUUCCUAUUAAAGAACAUCAACGAUGCUUGGGUUUGCACCAAUGACAUGUUCAGGCUUGCCCUGCACAACUUUGGCUGACCUCCUCCCAGCCAGGCACUCAUGCUGUUUCCUCCUCCCUCCUCUUCCUGAUACUAUUCACACUCCUCCAGAUGCCCCAAAUAUCAUACACAAACGAGCAGGGCCGCGGCGGGAGCGGGCGCAGUGCGCUGCUACCGAGGUAUUGUGCAUGAUGUUUGGAUGCUAGACUAGUUGCAUCUGACAGGAGAAGUUUGUGUUGUACCAGCGCAUGCCUUGGAAAGACUUAAGUAAUGCAAAAGGUUGUCUUUUUUUUUUUUUUUUUUUUAAUCUACUGACAAGUUGCUCUAGUAACCCAAAGAAGUGAAGGAGAAAGCAGCUGCCUCACCGCCCAGAUAUUGAUUUGUUCGGAUGUUUCAAUGCCUCAUGAUACAAUAAAACCACAAAAUUUUCUUAACAGUUUAAAUUGUUUUAAUUAGUUUAAUAGUUGGCUGGGCAUCAGUAAUCACCCUGCCCCAUUGGCUCUCUCAUGUCUCACCUUCCCACCUCUCCCCCGACUCAGCAAUACCUGUUGCAAAGAGAAAACUGCUGAAGCAGCACUCCCAGCUAGCUUCUCUCAGAAGCCCUGUAGGGCAUAGUAUUCCCCACCUCAGUCCCCCUGGUCUUGGAAAACUGAGCUGCAGACAGAGCUCAGGUCCGGCCCAAAGCUUCCUUUGCACUGAAGCCUCUGCAGUCAGUUCUGAUGACUCCUACAUUGGGUAGGAUCAGGGCUCUGGUAAUAGAGAUGAUCUAGAAUCCCACUGAAAGUGACUCAUCAGGUUCAGGUGCUCUGGACUGAGGCCUCAGCAAAACUACCCUGUAUAAAAUGAGCAAAGGUUUGAGGAGAGGGUCCUGUUCUACCCCCCAGAACGGUCAGGAUCACAUCCAGGGUACCCCACAAACCCCAAGCCAAGCAGAGGGCAACUCAGAUUUUGUCCCACCUGCUUUGGAUAUCAUUGCCCGGAGGUGAAUGCCCAGAACGCCCAGCCUCCAUUGCCCACAGAGCCAGGCCCAGUUGGGUUGGAGUAUAGACUUAGAGUUACGAAAGUAGGCAAUUGG